AUGGGCAACAAUAAAAGUUGUGACGGGUCAACUAGGCAAACUAGGCAAAUAAUUGUUAAUAUACAUAGAGAUUAUAAAUGGGCGUACAUAAGAAUGGCUGAGAAUUUAAAUUGUUCUGUUAAGAAAGUUUUUAGUGCAAUUGAUCAUUAUAAAACACAUGGAACUGUUGAAAAUGUUCUUAGAAAGGCUCGGCCAAGAAAAACCUCUCCCAGAGAAGAUUCGCUAAUCGUUCGUGUUGCUAAAAAAGACCCAAUUAAAGUCUUCAACCAGACUAAAAAUGAAGUUUUUUCGCCUGAUGACCCGAGAAACAUCUCGUCAAGAAUUAUAAGCCAAAGAUUAGUGGAAGCUAAAUUUUUUGAAAGAACCUCUCGAAAUGUAACCCUUCUUAACAAGCAACACCGACAGAAGCGAUUAUUAUUCGUUACAAAAUAUGAUUGGACAGUACGAGAAUGGAAAAAGUGUUAUCUUCAGAUGAAACAAAAAUAA